AGUAGCUUCUCUUCUUUCUAUCCACUCUGGUCUCUCCCCUCUGCUGGCCUGCCUGUCUGCCUGCCUUGCCAACUGAGCUGCUCGGUCUGACCUUACCAGACUCAUUUUAGAAAGAAAAGCUACUUCAAAAUGUCUUUCAAGACCCAGAUGACAACUAUCAGAAGUUCUUCUGCCCCAAAGAACUUCAGCAGCAGAUCCGCUGGUCCAUUCGGUGGUAUUUCCUCCCAAAGGAGCUUCGCCGUCAGGAGUACCUAUGGAGGUGCCAGCAACAGGGGCUAUGGAGGGUCUGGCAUCAUCGGCAGCUCUGCCUACAACAUGAGCUCAAGCAUGGGUAGUUCAGGAGGCCUUGGCAUGAGCUACAGUGGUAGCAUGAUUAGUCAGCCUGCCAUCGCUCCUGUCUCUGUGAACAAGAGCCUUCUGGCCCCCCUGAACCUCGAGAUUGACCCCACCAUCCAAGCUGUGCGCACCCAGGAGAAAGAGCAGAUCAAGAGCCUCAACAACCGCUUUGCUUCCUUCAUUGACAAGGUCCGCUUCCUGGAGCAGCAGAACAAAAUGCUGGAGACCAAGUGGAGCUUGCUGCAGGGACAGACCACCACCCGCUCCAACAUUGACGCCAUGUUCGAGGCCUACAUCGCCAACCUCCGCAGACAGCUGGACAGCCUGGGCAACGACAAGAUGAAGCUGGAGGCCGACCUGCACAACAUGCAGGGCCUGGUGGAGGACUUCAAGAACAAGUAUGAAGAUGAGAUUAACAAGCGCACAGAAUGUGAAAAUGACUUUGUCCUCAUCAAGAAGGAUGUUGAUGAGGCCUACAUGAAUAAAGUUGAGCUCGAGGCCAAGCUGGAGAGUCUGACAGAUGAGAUCAACUUCCUCAGGUCGAUCUAUGAGGAGGAACUGCGUGAACUCCAGAGCCAGAUCAAGGACACCUCAGUCAUUGUGGAGAUGGACAACAGCCGUAACCUGGACAUGGACGCCAUUGUGGCAGAAGUCAGGGCUCAGUAUGAGGACAUUGCCAACCGCACUCGCGCUGAGGCAGAGACAUGGUACAAGACCAAAUAUGAAGAGAUGCAGACGUCCGCCAACAGAUAUGGAGAUGACCUGAGGUCUACCAGAACAGAGAUUGCAGACCUCAACCGUAUGAUCCAGAGACUGACAUCAGAGAUUGAUGCUGUCAAAGGACAGCGGGCCAACCUGGAGGCCCAGAUCGCUGAGGCUGAGGAGCGCGGUGAGCUGGCAGUGAAGGACGCCAAGGCCCGCAUCAGGGACCUGGAAGAAGCCCUGCAGAGAGCCAAGCAGGACAUGGCCCGCCAGAUCAGAGAAUACCAGGAUCUGAUGAAUGUCAAGCUGGCUCUGGACAUUGAGAUCGCCACCUACAGGAAGCUGCUGGAGGGAGAGGAGGACAGACUGGCCAACGGCAUCAAAGCUAUCAACAUCUCCCAGCAGAGCACAAGUUACGGCGGUUUCCCCAUGGACAGCCUGAAGAGCGGCUACACAAGCAGCUUCUCCAGCAAGUACAGCGGUGGAUAUGGCAGUGGUACAAGCAGCGCAGGCGGUUACAGCGGCGGUUACAGCGGCGGAUACAGCAGCGACGGCUCCGGCGGCUACUCCACCAUCGCCACCCAGAGCAAGAAGAAUGUUGUUAUCAAAAUGAUUGAGACCAAGGAUGGCAGAGUGGUGUCCGAGUCCUCUGAGGUCAUUGAGGAUUGAGCUGUCUAGUUUUGAGGUUUAGCUACCUAUCUGCUAUGAUCUCCUCUGCCUCUCUGGUAGUUUUAUACUCACAGUUCACCCACCCCAACUAUUGUCAUAAACAAGUCUGAAGUAAAAUGCUUGCCAGCCACUCCCUAAUAGAGCCUAAACUUGUUUUUCAUGAAGCAAUAAGUGAUCCUAACACUACCAAAGAUCUGAAAGGGACCAAAGAAUUUAUUUUGUAUGUCUGAUGUCUGACUGUUUGUACUAAAAAAAAAAGUUUUGUCUCAGAAAUGAGAUAAAAUCCAGGCAAACUGAAAGGAGCAAAGCAAAAAUAUAUCUAUAUAUAUAUAACACACUCCCUUGAAAUUCAUGCAACCGCUAUUCCAUACACAAAGGGCUGUUGUGUUGCAUCAAACGGACAGUGGUGUUGUCAAAGGAAUGUGAAUGUACUGAAACAGUUCUUCAGUGUUGUUGGUCAACUAAUGUUUUCAGAUUGCCUGCUACAGUAGGUAGUGCAUGUCUUCCCUGUGCGUGUCUUGUAACUGAAACUGUUUCGAACCCCUUAGGAGGCUGCCCUCGCCAGACUGCUGUCCUGAGGUGCUGUUUUUGCUACGGAACCAAAUAAAGAUGUGUUUACUGAGAGAAAAGGCGAAUUUAUUCUUUUUAAAUGGUGAUGAAGAGAAAAACAACUGAAAAAAAAAACAUAGUAGUAAUGUAUGAAUGUAAUUUUCUAAUAAACCUGACAGAAGAUAUUGUAAGCGAUGAAGCAAUUUGGAAUCAGCAACAGUUCCUUGUCCUGAAUUUAAGUCACGUAAAAAAUUAUGAAUUGCUUUUACUAAAUUUGACAGGAUCUGUCUUAUCAGUAUAUUUGUGUGAGAUGGUGUGCCUCAAUCCUACAAACUGGUAAAACACAUUUACACACUGUCUACAUUUGGACAGCUAGAAUACACUAGUUUCUAUACAGUACAUCUAUAAUCCAACAUAAUGAAAGGAUCAAAAUAACAAUAAGUAAUACAUAGUGUGUAAACAUGCAAUAUCUGUCCAUAUAGUACACAUUAUACACAAAACUGAAGAUGGAGAAUGAAGCAUAGUUCUAAAAUUGUACAAGCUACACAGUGAAGACAAUAACUAGACAAAUAGUUAUGCACAUACAUGCAAUUAACAUUCACGCAUUAAUACACAUAUGUAUAAUGUUAUAUACCAAGAUGACAUUUAAUAUGUAUAUAGAUCAGGAUUAAAUAUGACACAGGAUAAGCACUCAGAGAGCGCAGUACUCCGCCAAGGCUGCUUAUUCCUUGUAUGAUUUCUGACGGAUAAGUUCUGAUAAGACCACAGCGGUUGAUUUGUGGUAGGAUUGCAAUCGUGUGAUCGUCAGCAGGCAGUUGAUGUAGCGUUCAGUUGUCAUAGUUACAGUGAUGCUUUGCUGCUAUCCCGCAAUGAUACAGAAAUCUUUGGCAAAUCCGUGGAUCCAGACUAUAAGCCGCAUCACUGCGAAAAUCUAAUGAGUUCGUCAUUGUGUCAUUUCUGACCUUCCCUGAAAAUAUCAUCCAAAUUCAUUUGUCCAUUUUUGAGUAAUGUUGCCCACAGACAAACAGACGGACAGACAAACGUAAGCAGGUCAUCACUUAACUCCUCUGCGUUCCUUGGCAAAGUAAUGAUUUUGAUAAAAUUAUUUCUAACAUUGCCUUUAUAGUCUUGCAUAAAGUAGCCUUCUUUUAUUGAAAUCAGUUUAUUUUUGGAAUCCAUCAUCUAACCAUAACUGAAGAAAUCUCGUCUAUGCAUCCGUCUGUUUCUGUCCUUUCAAUAUCUCAGUCAUACUUCCACACCACUUAAAACUUGGUGAGUGUAUUGCUGGGGACUAGGGCAGUGUUAAGUUUGAACCAGACUGAAGGAAAAGUGGCUGUUUUGGGGGUCUUUUGUUGCCUUUUUGGGGUCCUCAGCUCGGCCUUUGGCUUCCUGUAGGUGGAGCCUCCGUUGUUAGGCAAAUGUAUGAUAUCACAGAUCAAUGGCUUGAUUCUCCAAGGAAUCUCUGUCUGUAAAUGCUGUGUGUUUAUCUAUCUACAAUGCACUAGUAUCUCUUAAUUUUGUUAAAAUAAACAUUCCUUUAAAUUGA